AUGCCGCGGGAGGAGUGGCGCCGGCUCCCCUGCGCGCGCGUGCUGGUCACCGUGGCGGGGCUGGACAUGCUCAGCGCCAGGGGCCGUGCGUACGUCCACGCACUCAGGGCCAGCGGUUGGCCCGGCGAGGCGGAACUGUACGAGACGCCCGGCGAGUAUCACGUCUACUUCCUUAACAAGCCCGACAGCGAGAAGGCGGCGAAGGAGAUGGAGGUUCUAGUGAACUUCAUCAAUGGCGAUCAAGUGAGCAACACAGCUUCAAGAAUGGACGCCUGA